AUGUCUUCAGAUGAUCGCGAUUCCAACACGCCGGUGCAAAACAACUCUGGCGAUGACGCGCGUACAGAAUUUAAUGCUGCAGUAGAGGAGCUCCUCAACACCAUCCAGAACAAGUUUGCCGGUGUAUCUUCAGAGAUAUUUGCCAAGCUGGAUGACAUGUCGUCAAGAUUGGACAAGUUGGAAGCAGAACUGCGCGAGAGCAAUUCCAAAGAAAAUACUCCCACCAAAUCAUAG